GACUUCGGCCCCAACGACAUCCGACGGAUUUCCCCGCCAGAGUUGCCAUGAGCUUGAGCCAGCUGCCAACAGAGCUGCUGGAAGAGGCGUGCGUCUUGGUGGCGGGGGGCGCCUGGAGCAGCUGGUCCGGGGCUUCGGCGGAGUUGGGGGCGCUGAGGGCGCUGCGGCCCUGCUGCCGCGGGGUGGCGGAGGCCAGCAACGGGGCGCUGGAGGAGCUGGAGCUGAAAGGCCGGGGCGUGGCGUAUGCGGACGUGGGCCGCUUCCCCCGGCUGCGGAAGGUCCAGGUGUGGCUGGCAGAGGCCUGGGACUGGGAGAAGGUGAGGCUGGUGCUGGAGAGGCCGCUGCAGGUGGACCUCUUCAUCAGCUCCGACGCGGCGGCGAGGUGUGUGGCUUCUCCGCUGCACGUGGGAAGGCUGCAGGUCACAUCGCUCAGCGACGAGGACUUGGACCUUCUCGUAGAGAACUGCCUUGGCUUGCAGGAGCUGGAUGCCAGAGGCUGCGACUUGAGAGAGCCCAGGUGCCUCAAAGACUUGGCCCAGAGAGGCGUGAAGAUGUGCCUGGACGGAUGCUGGCGCCUCACGGAUGAAGUGAUCGACGAGCUCGCCUUGUGCCACCAAGCCAGGCAGUGCUCUGUGGACCUUUUCUCCUGCGAUUGGCUCAUUGGGCAACAAGUGGAGGUGGUGAUUUUAGUGCCGCAAUUCCUGGGGUGUUGGGUGCUGGCCAGCAUCAUCUCCAAGUCCAUGCCCUCUCCUGAUUUCGACCGCGAGCCCUGCUUUCACAUUUUGGUGAGGCAGACCACGGCGUACAACAGCGCCGUGGGCUUCUCUGGUCACGUGGCUUCAAGGAUUCGCCGACGGCAUCUGCGCGACGUCCGCGAGGGAAAGGCGACGAGUUGCUGUUGACCUCAGCUUUGCAUGUUUGAGUUUGUUAUCAUGGUUUCCAGCAACAUCUGUGGCGUAUGGGUGUGUCUCAAGAUAC